CGGCGUGUGAUACGUGUGUGCUACUCCCCCAGCGGACCCCCUUCAACCAAACCCUAUUUGGAAUCUAAAGAAUUCUUCAUUGGCAGGCUUUCCUCUCGAUCUUUCAUUUUCUCUACUUUUUUAUGUUUUUCGAUUUGCAUUCAUCGCCGAUUGAUCGAUCGAACGAACAAAAACCACUGAUUGUUUUCGAAACAAGCAAAACCCUUCAAUAUUUUUACAUUUCUUGGGUUUCCAGUUCUGAUUUGUGUGGAAAAGCUCAGUGGAAAAAAAACCCUAAUGGCUGAUGAAAAAGAGGUAAACGAAGUGGUUGAAGAGAAGAAUGAUAGCAAGAGUAAGAAGAGCAAGAGCAAGAGCAAGAACAAGAAGGGUAUUUUCUCUCGAAUCUGGAAUACAGUCUUUAGGUUAGGCAGUGACGAUUUUGAGAAGAGAUUGCAGUAUAUAUCUAAAGAAGAAGCUACUCUUCUCUCUAGAAUGAAGAGGCGAUCCUUGAGAUGGAGGAGAACGGCCAGGAAUUUAAUUAUCUUUUCUGUUAUUCUUGAGUUGGUUGCAGUGGGUUAUGCUAUAAUGACAACAAGAACAGUGGACAUGGACUGGAGAACGAGAUCAUUGCGAGUCUUACCCAUGUUUGUUUUGCCUGGUUUAUCAUUCGCCUUGCAUUAUGGACUUUUGAGCUUCAUAAAAUUUUGUGACCGCAGGGACCAGAAAGCAUUGGAGAGGCUUCGUGAUGAAAGGCAAGCAAAAAUUGACGAGCUUAAAGAGAGGACAAAUUACUACAUGACUCAGCAACUCAUUCAGAAAUACGACCCUGAUCCAGCAGCAAAAGCAGCUGCUGCAUCAGUCCUUGCAUCCAAAUUGGGUGCGGAUUCAGGCCUGAAAAUGUUUCUUGGAGAUGAGUCACAACCGAAUCCAUAUGGCACAGGGAAGAGCAGCGAUGUUGAGCUUCAACAAUCUACUGGUCUCCGGAAACGAAAUCAACCAAAUGCUAGAUCUACUGGAGGCAAUGUAGCCCAGCAGCACUCUGAUAAAGACAUGCCUCAGUAUGCAGGAAAUGAAGUUUCCGAGAAUUCUCUGCAUGGUCCGCUUGUUGUUGAGCAUCACAACCCUGCAGCUUUAGGUGCUCAAGAUGGGGGUUGGAUUGCUCGAAUUGCCGCGUUGCUUGUGGGAGACGACCCUGCACAAUCAUAUGCACUUAUAUGCGGCAAUUGCCAUAUGCAUAAUGGUCUUGCAAGAAAGGAGGAAUUCCCAUUCACCACUUACUAUUGUCCCCAUUGCCAUGCCCUGAAUAAACCGAAGAACUCAGAUACACUUUCUUUGGAUAAUAUGUCCACUGGUUCAGGAUCUCCAAUGACAGCAAAUGCAGCAGAUGCUAACUCAAUGGAUCAAAAAGUACCUGGUAGCAGCAGUCCGGUGGAAGAGAGAGAGAAAAUAGUGGCGGAGGAUCCUGGCGUGGAAGAGAGUGAGAAAAAAGUGGCAAUGGAAGAAAGAGAAGUGAGUGAGAAGAUAGUGGGCGAGGAUCCUGCUAUUCAUUAGGAAGCUCUAAGUGUGGCUUUGCGGAAGAUUUGUGAUGGCUUUUCGUGCUUCCUUUGUUGUGUAACAAAAAGGAUUUUGAUGAUGACGAUGUAUCUAUAAUGUGUUAAAUAUACACGCAGGUAACGAGUGUUUGUGACCACAUUUCGGUUUCUUGAUGUUGAUUGUGGUUUAUGCUUUAGGAACCAAUGUUUGCAGAUAUGCCAUUCAAGAUUUUUGAAGGCUCUGAUCCUGUUUUACUGAAUGUAGUCAUUUUAUCUUGAAA